UCACAGUCACAGCCGCAACGCAACUCGUCCUGAAACUCCUCAACUUCACUUUUCAUGGAUCACAUCAACUUCACCAACUCGUCGUCACCGGUCAACUCUCCAUCGCCUUCGAAGACCAAAAGAAAGAACCAGCAUCAGCAGCACCAGCCGCCCCCGCCCCCGCUCCGAGCCCACCAUGACGACGGGGCAGCCACGGCGAGGUUCCUUGGGGUGAGGCGGCGGCCGUGGGGCCGGUACGCAGCGGAGAUACGGGACCCUACCACCAAGGAGCGGCACUGGCUCGGGACCUUCGACACGGCUGAGGAGGCUGCCCUCGCCUACGACCGGGCCGCCCGGUCCAUGCGGGGCGCUAAGGCUCGGACCAACUUCGUCUACUCCGACAUGCCCCCGGGCUCCUCGGUCACCUCCCUCGUCUCCCCCGACGAGGCCCACAACGACAUCGCCGCACUCUUCAUAUCUCACCAUCAUCAUCUACAACAAGAGCAGCCACAUCACCAACACCACCAUCAUCAAAGCACCAAGAACAGCAACCACCCCAAUCAUCAGCUGUUUUACUCCCCGGGCUCCGUGAGCGCGUGCAACGUGGACUUCACAUCCGGGCCACCAGCCCAAAACGGGUGGGCCGACGGAUCUCUCGGCGGCGGGCCCUACCAUCCGGUGACGGGCAUUGCAGAGUUUGGGGACGCAGCCCGUCCGGAGUCCUACGACGAGACUGAGCUCCCACCGUUUCCGCCCGACAUGUCCAGCUGCUACGGUUCGGGCUUGGAUAUGGGCCACGGAGGUUGGACCGACACGGGCUUUUUGGGGCUUCAAGGGCAGAGCCUGAACGGUACUGUGCCCGGGCCGUCAAACGGGCCGAACAUGGGCUUUGACCCGAACGAGUUCGUGGAGCACAGUCCACUCUUCGGGAGGAUGCCGCAGGUGGACGUGGAUGGGUUUGAUUUGGGCUCGUCAUCUGCGUACUAUUUUUAGCCUUCAUCAAUAAUUUCUAUUUCUGUAAAUCUUAUAUGUAAUUUUGCGUUUGCCGUCUUGGAGUUAUUAUAUUUAUCUUUUAUUUUACUUUCAUUUUUCUUUUCUGAUUUAUGGGGCUUGAAAGAUUCUGGGUGACGAGGUUUGUGUUGGGCUAAAGAAGUAGAAUCUAUUAGCCCUCUCCUUUGCGUGUAUUUUGUUUUGCUAUUUGUAAAAUUUUUUGCUUAUUUUUCCGGUUG